CAACUGGUGGAAGUAGAAACUAAUCUAAUCGUAGCGCCGUGUGUAACUGUGAAUGCGAAAUUUUCUUGCUGGCCCUAGGGAAUGCAUCGGGAGUCAUAUUUGGCAACCGACCAGCAUGAAGCAGCGUCGCAACUGUCCGGUAGAGGAAACGCAAUAUGUGUCCAUUGCAGCCGCCGAGAAACAGGCGGCUCUGUCGGCCGCCCGCCUUCGACAGGCCGAAGAGGAUGAGCUGGAUUAUGCCGUCUGUCUGGACGACAUGCAGCUAUUUGCCCAGCUUGGUGAUCUCGUCAAUCUGGAGGAUGACAGCGAAGUCCUAUUGGAUUGCUGCGCAGACGCACAAGGAAACUGUGACUUGUUCGAUCUUGUGAAUGACUUAAGCAGCGAGAAUCACCAGAAUAUUAUGGCAGCCGCGCCGAUGGCGACCGAUACGAUGGGAAAGGCAAAGGAAAAGCCAAGGCGGAUCCGCGUUAGAAAACGCGACGCCUGCCACACCUGCGACGUCUGCCAGCGGUGCUUCAGAGAGCCGUACAACCUACGCAUCCACAAGAUGACCCACACUGAUGAGAAGCCGCACAUCUGUGAUACCUGCGGCAAGGGCUUCCGGCAGUUGAACAAGCUCCGCAUCCACUAUGUGACACACAGCAAGGCACGGCCGUACGAAUGCGACAUCUGUGGCAAGGGUUUCCGGUACGCCAACUACCUGGCCGUGCAUCGACGGCUACAUACGGGCGAGAAGCCCUACGCGUGUGCGAUCUGUGGGAUGGCCUUUCAUUCGAUACACGCACGACGCUCCCACACGAAGCUGCGGCAUGCAGCGGAGGCGGGCAAUGAGAAGGCAACGACUACGUUGCCCACAUCCGCACUGAGCUACACCUGCCCCAUCUGUGGACGGGUGAUGACGGACCAGUGCUAUUUGAAUACGCAUCUGAAGCGGCACUACAAUCAGCGAGACUUCGCCUGUCCGCAGUGUGGCAAGUGCUUCUUCAGCUCCUCGGAGCUCAAGCACCACCAGAUCGCGCACACACAGCUGCGUCCCUUUGCUUGUGCCCAGUGCGGAUCCCGAUUUCUGCGCAAGUCCAACUACAAGCAGCAUUUGAAAAUACAUGCACGUUAGUGAAUCCAAAGAAUGACACAACGCCUUAGUUCAGUUUUUCUUUUGUUUUCAUUUUGUUUAAUAUAUAAGUGUUUAUUUAAAUAUACGCUUUUAAUUUGUA